GUACAUCUUUGAGAACGUGGGCAAGAAGCGGAUCCUGACCAUUAACAAGUGCACCCUGGCCGACGACGCGGCCUACGAGUGCGCCGUGGCCGACGAGAAACUCUUCACCGAGCUCUUCGUGAAGGAGCCGCCCGUGGUGAUCACCAAGGGCCUGGACGACCAUCAGGUGUUCGUGGGCGACCGGGUGGAGCUGGAGGUCGAGGUGUCGGAGGAAGGAGCCCAAGUCAUGUGGUAACGGCCCCGGCAGGUCCACCUG